CCCAGUGCUAUACAGUAGUCGUCGUUGCCUCACGUCCGGUCUAACCGUCUUUUCGUCUUCAUCAACGGGAAAACUGAAAACUCCGGGGUUUUCAACGAUGUUUUCGUAGAAAAAACAUCCUCGUUCCACGGUACCGCGUUUUUCCGCGAAUCUCGUCGCUUAAUUCACUGUUGAAGUCUCCCGAAAAAUCCGUUAAAAAUCGGUUUUGACAGUUAAGGUGUUGUUUGAUUCCUGGCAUUCUUGAUCAUCUCGGCCGUUUCAAGGACGACCGGUGUCUGCAAUUACAAAAUUCAACGUUGUGAAGGAAUGUCGAAGAAAAUUUAAUAAAUCUAGUGAUUUUCUCCAGUAUACAGAAAAGCGACUUGAACACGUGCAUUUUGGUUGUUAUGGUUACAGUGUUGUUGGUGUUCAUUUGAUUGGUCCACAGGCUACCCUGAGCAGAUGCUCUUUGCUGGCAUCUGCCUGGCAUAGCACGAGCGAUAGAAGUUCUUUGUGUGUCGUUCGGUUAUUUAUCGUUUUAUUUUGUUUGCUGUGAAUUGUGCCAACAAAAAUGGGAAAUCAUCCAUCGAAUCACAUACCCUUGGAAAGGAAUAUCUCCAAAUUCGGCGAUGUCCAUGCGAGGAGGAGUCUUCGCUCACCGAAAAAAAUGGACCGACUGCGUAGAUCGUUUCGGGACUCCUUCCGCAGACGAAAGGACCGCGUCCCAGAAAGUUCGAAACCUCAUCAAUGGCAAGCAGACGAAUCUGCAGUGAGGUCUGGAACCUGCACUUUUUCCGUCAAAUACUUAGGAUGCGUGGAAGUGUUCGAUUCCAGAGGCAUGCAAGUCUGCGAGGAAGCCAUCAAAGUCUUAAGGGGAUCCAGACGAAGACCUGUACGAGCCAUUCUCCACGUGAGCGGUGAUGGAUUAAGAGUUGUGGAAGAGGAAACCAAAGGUUUAAUAGUGGAUCAAACAAUCGAAAAAGUGUCAUUCUGCGCACCCGAUAGAAACCACGAACGAGGUUUCAGUUACAUCUGCAGAGAUGGCACCACUAGAAGGUGGAUGUGUCACGGUUUUUUAGCACUCAGAGAAUCCGGAGAAAGACUAUCACACGCCGUGGGUUGCGCCUUCGCAGUGUGCCUGGAACGAAAACAAAAACGCGAUAAAGAAUGCGGAGUCACUAUGAUGUUCGAUGCCAAGAACAACACCUUCACUCGCACUGGUUCCUUCAGACAACCGAGUCUUACAGACAGAAUGGAGCGAGGCAUAGACGUGGGCAACUCAGGUAAACCGCCACCAGUGAACCCGUUCGCGAUAGAAAGACCACACGCCACCCCUGGCAUGCUGCAAAGACAGGGCAGCUGUAGAGGUUUCAGCACUCUCGGUGAAAACUCCCCCUUCAAACGCCAGAUGUCGUUAAGAGUCAAUGAACUUCCUAGCAACACCGCCAGGUUAAACUCGUACAAAUCGCCGACCUCGCCCACAAACUCGACUAAACCUGCGGUAUCACCCAUUCCGGAACUCUCGCCAGGCGACCCGGUCACAGCUUUGUGCCAGCAACUGUCCCAGGGCUUGAGCCAAUUGACUCACAGCGGAUCGGACGACUUUAACUUCAACAACCAAACGUCAGUUAAUCAAAACACACUCAAUCUCAACGUAACUACGAUAAACAAUACGUAUAACCAAUCGAUCACGUCGACUCCGACAGCUACUACGAACACGAUAACUCCGGUAAGCCUAAACUUCAGCCCCAACUUAAGUAGAACCGUCUCACCUAUGACGAACCGCUCAUCAGUAAGCAACAGUAUUACUUCCAACGCAAGCCUACCGAGACCGGACCAGUGGCUCGGCCAGAUUGUCGGCGAUACCGCUCCAACCUCCGUCAAGAUGGACGGUAGCUCCCCGAGGAGGGGCCCCGCCAUCGGCGCACAUUCCAGAGCCAUGUCGCUCGAUUCCGCCGAAACGUUCCCGAGAUCCGCGCAACCGGAUCCUUUUGAUGCGGAAUGGGCCACUCUAGCGGCCAGGCAGAACACCAACAACACUAACCCUUUCUUGUCAAGCAAUCCUACACCCAAAGCUUUCCAAAUACAACUGUAGCUUUCUAACGUUAGAAAUGCCUACCUAAAACAUUAAAUUUGGUGCGCAUUGUUUUGCGCACUUAAAAAUAUACUGUUUUUAGUAGGUAAUACUGCGUAUGAUACUUAACUAUGAAUUGGAAUUCAUAUUUAUAAAAAUGUGAUUGAAUUGAUUUGAAAUGUUUAGAUGAUUCCUAGACGUUGCCAGGACUGAACUGUGCAAUUCUGUAUAUAUCGUUAGAAACGAAAAUGAACCAAACGCAGCAGUAAGAUUUGAAUUGAAUUGCUCACCAAUUAAUCUUAAUUUAAAUUAAUAAAGCGAUAAGGG